AUGGGAGUGCAGGUGGAGACCAUCUACCCCAGAGAUGGAUGUACCUUCCUAAAGCACAGGCAGACCUGCAUGGUACACUACAUGGGGAUGCUUGAAAAUGGAAAGAAAUUUGAUUCCUCCCAGGACAGAAACAAACCCUUUAAGUUUAUGCUAGGCUGGGAAGAAGGGAUUGCCCAGAUGAGUGUGGGUCAGAGAUCCAAACUGACUAUCUCCCCAUACUAUGUCCAUGAUAUCACUGGGCACCCAGGCAUCACCCUUCGAAAAGCCACUCUUGUUUUAAUGUAG